UCCUCACUGUCCUUAUCUUCGAAGAUCAUUUUCCAUCGGCAAACACGGCUGUAGUUCUAAUUGGUUAGCGUAUGAAAACCGGCGAAACUUUUUGGCAAAUUUGUGUUGCUUGUCGAUCAUUAGUGCCUUUUUCCGUAAUUUUCAUGCUUGUGGUUAAUAAGAGGAUGUCGCGCUACUACUGUAUAUUGGCAAAAAUUUCUGCUCUUCUGGCUCUGACUCAAGGACAGCAGCAAUCGACAUGUGCGACAUUCAAAGGUUGCGGCAUUCCCGUCGUCGUCAACACCGUGAACAAUCCCGAUCCCCUGAAGUACGUCGGGACCUGGUACAUGUAUCGGCAAACCGGCUCCUAUACUGUUAAUCAAAUCUUCAAGCAUGUGACGCUGAACAGCCGCACUGCACUUCCAUUCAGCAAUACGGUGGCAGUGGCAUUAUAUCUUCAAAUAGCACAGUAUAACAGCCCCAACGAUACUCAGUGCGUUAACCGCUAUUUUGUCGGCAUGUGUGCCGUAAAUGGACAGUGCCUCGGAAAAGCUUAUUCAUCCGUAGAUGGCUACGUCCCUUCUGCCAGCGAUUUCAGCUUGCUAUACGGGGAUCCUGAUGAUUUCUAUGUUGUGUACGUAUGCGUCAAGCCCAACUACAAGACCGGUAUGUGCGACAGUCCCUCCUUCGGUGUCGUCACCCGCACCCGCCCGGAUCUUUUGACCGCUGCCCAGAGUAAAUCCAUUGAUGAUAUCAUCGAUUCCAUACUGGGUCCCUACUGUAUUUCGAAGGCGGAUAUUCCUCUGCAGGCCCACAACAACAGCGUAUCGUACUGUCCCCUCUUGGACAACAUUCCUCCCUGUAUUCAAGGGGCCAUAACUGGUCUCACGAAUGAUGUCGCAAACACUAUUAGUAACUAGGUGCACAGUUGUUUGUAUCUAGGAAGAUAAUAUCUUCCGUUAUUCGCAUGCGUUUUUAUUCGGCACUUCAAAUGAUUCUGUGACUUUCACUGUCCUGUAUGAACGUAAUAGCAGUUACUGUACGGCAAUAGCUAUCGUGAACGUGCGACCGGAGCUGUAACCUUGUUGCUGUGCAAUCGAGUUUCCGGUAAACGGUGACAUGUUACAAUCCGAUUAGACUGACCUUCAGUGCCAAGCCUGGACACGGGGCUACACUUACCUCCUCCGUGCAUCAAUCUCAUUUACGGCAAACCGUUUUGGUAGGAAUUGGCAAACCAGAAGUGACCUU